AUAAAAUCCUAUAAAUCGGAGACUCCUAAACAAAAAGCCCUAGCCUCAUACAUAGGGAGACAAGGGUGAAGGAAAAGCAAAUUAGUCGCUGCAAAGUAGAGCAGCAGUCAUCAAAGAUCCGAAGCUUUUUCAGGCUAGAGCAAUUUGGUCACCUGGCCAAGCCAUUCUUCAUCACAUUGCUUAUCAUUCCAAAGGAUUGAGACUCAAUAGGGACAAGAGACAUGUCCCCUCAAUCUCCGGGUUUACUUAGAAGUUGAAAGUUUGGACGGCAUGAGUGGAGUCGGAAAAAAGAAACUAAGGUACCAGCAUGGUUCCUGGGACGAAGACAGGGCGACGUAAGAAAACAACAACUGACCCAUGGCAUCACCCUCAGGAACAUCUGCACAUGUCAUUGUCACACCACAGACUUUAUCCGAUGAGACACAACCGCCGGAUGACACAAACAUUUGUGGAAGAGAAACAGGCGCACGACGUAGGGAAAAGUACGUCAACUCGUGUACGUGGUCCUACAAUCGGAAAAGGAGUGCAAAAAAGGAUUGUGAGAAAAAAAGGGGAGAAACUACAUGUAUAUGUCAAUCACAUGCUGAAUGCCCUCACUGGAGGGAAUGCCGCCACGCUUGCAACAAAUGAGUUGGGCUUGUUGAUAAGGCGGUUGUGCCCUCUGAAGGGAGUGAAGUCAUGGAAGAAAAUUGAUCAGAGUAUCAAAGAUGCUGUAGUACAAGUUGUGUUAGACACAUUUGAAAUUGGUGAGGAUUUUCAUACUGAUCAACAAGCUCAAGAGAUCGUUGAUACGAAGGCGUAUCUCUUGUACAAGGAUUGGUGGUACACCUUGAAGCAACACUUCGAAAAACUUGUCAAAGAGGGUGUUGAUGACCCAUAUAGUCAUCCGCCUAUAGGAGUUUGCUUGGAUGAUUGGAAACACAUGAUUGAUGUGGCUUGGAAGGAUGAUUCUCAUUUGAAACGCUCUAAAGCUGGUAAAGCAAACCGGAGUUUGCUACCAUACAAUCACACCAGUGGAUCUCGCUCCUUUCCAAUAGCAAUGUCGCUCAUGGUAGAUGAAAAUGAGGAGUUGGAUUUUUCGGAAUUUUAUUCCAAAUCACACAAAUCGAAGAAAACAAACGAAUGGAUUGAUCCCAAAUGUGAUGAGCUACAUGAUGCGAUGGUGAAUCUACAAGCGACAGCCACGGAUGCGGGGAUCCCAUUGACACAGGAGGAACUCUCACGGCAAGUGCUUGGACAGAGAAAGAAUUACUUGUGUGGAUUUAGGAUAGGCCCACGACCCUAUUCGCCAUUUGAUAGUGCGGCACGAUCUCGUGACAAACAAAUGGAGGCAAUGCGAUCUGAGAUGGAGUUCUUCACGAAAAUUUGAUGAAGGAGAAAGAAGAGCGCCAGAGAGAUCGUGAAGAGAUGAUGAGGGAGAGAGAGGAGUUGAUGAAAAGUAGAAGGAAAAAAAGCAAGGGAGGUGCAACAAGAACAACUGAAUCAUUUGAACUCUGUGGUUUUACGACUCAACACUAUUGGAGGGUUCAGACGGUCAUCGUCGUUUUUGAUGACUUUGUUGCAUGGACUUGUGGAUAAUCCAUUUUGGUGUAUGGAGAAGAAAUUUCACUUUUUUAUAGAACUAAUAUAAUACUUUUGUCAUCCCCGGCUUUUGUGUAGUUCACUAUUACUAAUACAUAAAACUUUUGGCAACCAACAGAUAAUUACUAGCAUGGUACAUAGAUCACCUUCUGUCACUGUACAUAUAUAUGAGUUUUUGUCGUGGUAAAUAGAUGUACUUUUGUCUGGGUACAUACAUCACCUUUUGUCAUGGUACAGAUUACGAUGGUAAUUUGUACCAUGCCAAAUGGUCAUUUCAUAUGGUAGUAAAUGUAAUUUUUGUAUACGGAGGGCUUUGAUUUUUGUAUGAUUCUAUAUUUUAUAUGGAAUUAUUAUUUUA